AUGUUGAAGAUCCAAUUGACGGCCUUCCUGACGCUAUUACUUUUGGUACUGGUCAAUGCUCAAUCUACGAGGACUAGAAUCGAGCCUGUUCCAAGAAGAAAUGAUCUCUUGACAUCUCGUACACUUAGACGAUCAUUAUGCAGGACCAAUGCGGAGUGUUUGAGGAAAGGGUUACCACUUUUACGGCCUGCCAAACGAUCUUCAACUACAACACACGCUUUAAAACCCCGGCAAUCCGCUGAUUCUACUACGCAAACUGGUACGAUACAAGCGUUUAAUACGGAUGGUAAUAGUAUCGGUUAUGUCUCUCGUAAUCUCAAUCCAGGUGGGGGAUACGAUCUCACAACAAGUUCUGAUGAUGCCAUAUCAUUAUCGUUCUCUUCUGAUGGUACCAGUACCGAUCCUUUCGAUAUAGUCAUUUCAUCUGACGAUCGACAAGGGAAUUUCCCCUAUCUUGGAUUUGCUUUCAAUGGUAGUCCAGCGAAUAUGGGAACUGACAGCUCUAAGUUCGCUCUUCUUGUCGGAGUGUCAGCUUCAAACGCUGGGCCACCUCUUGAGAGUGACGAUGGAUCAACUAAUACCGAGACGUUGUAUGGAGGUGUGGAAACAACGGUAUUUCUGUAUAAUUCAGCCACUCAGACUCUGACCAGUCGAUGGUCAAAUACAGAUGGUAAUAAGGUAGAUACAAUAUUCUUCUAUGCCUCAGAAUCGGACUACGGAUUCGGAAUCGUCGCACCGGACAAUUACGCUGCAUUCAAACAGGAUUUUGAUGUCAAUCAGCAGAUAGUUACUUUCAAGUUCGUUGACAUACCUACUAAAACGUAG